AAAAAAAUAAUUGAAGAGUAAACAUCAUAGGCGUCGACUUGUUAAAGUAUUUGUUCUUUUUUCUCGAUCAACUGUGCAUAAGGUUAUUUAACAAAAUUUCAAGCAAAAUUAGCGAUUUUUUUUUAAACACGUACUGAAAGUGUACGAAUUAGAAGAAAAAGCAAACAAGCAAAAUGACGAUUCUAGCGAAGUUAACAGGUGAAAAGAAGGAUCUGGAGAAGGUGCCGUUGCCGCUGCAUCUUAACGAUGAAGCCAUGAUGCAUCAUGGGUCUCUCAUCAGCGCCAAGGGAGGAAUCGCCUACAGCGAUGCGGAUACAGAGUCCAUGGUGUUCAACCGACCGCAGCACACUUGCCUGAAGUCGGUCUUGCUGUUCCUGAUAGCUGUGAUCGUGAUGUUGCUGGGCGUCCUCGGUGGCUGGACAUUGUACAGGUUCUAUGCGCCCAAUCAUGCGAACAUGCGCUAUCAUGCCUUGUGCGAUAUUCCCUAUGCCGAGGACUCCGCUGAGCUGCCUCGCUUCUAUCCACGCAACGAUGACGCUUUUGCCCUCAACUGGCGCUCUCUGUUGCCACUCUACGGUCCUAGCUCGAGCUCGAGCUCAAGUGACACCUUGAUGAAUACCUCCUUGGAUGACAUCAAUGAGAACUUCUUCCGUGAGGAAAUCGAGCUGGACAACAGCGAUGAUGAUGGCUAUGCGAAGAUCGAUGUGCCCGACUUUAAAGAUGGUCGUCGUGGUCGCUUCAUGCACGACUUCAGGGAGAAUCAAUCGGCCAUUGUGGAUACCACCACCAACAGAUGCUUCAUCAUGCCGCUGGAUCGCGAGACCACGCUGCCACCCAGCAGCUUUGUCGAUCUCAUGCAGAAGAUGGGAACUGGCUAUUACAACAUUGACACGGAGCGAGUGCGCCGCAAUAUGCGCGUGAUUACGCCACGGAUCACUGAUGUAUCCAGCAUCUCUGAGCGCAUUGCCAAUGAGUGCUACGACAUGAAGAUCUACAUGCUAGAAAAGUUUGUCUCAGGCGUGGCCAAGCGUUCGGCUGAUCCCCUGCCAGAGGCUGGCAAGUAUGCCGAAUUCAUGGGCAAGGGUGUCAUCGAGUAUGAUCUGUCCAACAUUGCCGAGGUAGAGGCAUACGAGGCGAACGAGGAGGCACAGCGCCAGGGUCGGGCUUGAGUGCAUUCACAAAACAUUUUAAUAUCUUAAACACACACAAACACCAUAGAAAAAAGAAAACGAAAAAAAAAAACAAUUGACGAUUUGUGUGUAA